AGACAACGGAGGGCAACAUAUAGGCCAAGAAUCUCAUGUCCGAAUCAGAAACCCUUUCAAAAUGAAACAUUUCGUCAACGACAAAAUUAUGAGCCACUUCCGGAGCUCAAAGCAUAAAAAAAAUGACGAAUCAGUUGGCCGAAGUCAAGCGGAUUGUUCCCCGGAAGAAGGAGCGAUUGAUCCGUGCAAGAAGCCACGUCCUGUGGUCCAGAGAACGUGUCCUGGCAGUGAAACUGCCCCGGAUAACAUGUACGUCCUGAAGAACUGCGAUCGCUGUCAGGAUUACACGGUGCAACCGUGUGGCAAGAACUGCAAGUGCCAGAAAAGGAAAACCAAUUGCUCGGGACAGUGCGAAGUUGCAGCUCGGGAAAAAUCACAGGCGCAGUCGCAGGAGAGUUUUCCCGGAACGAGGAAAUCAAUUCACAAGAUGACAGGAAAACCAUCAAAAACCUCGUUUAAUUCUGAGUCCCAGCGUAGAAUGGGUGGCAUGGGUCCGAUUUGCCAGCUUUGCGGACUGGAGGAGAUCCGCCAGCCAGGACAAAGUAUGUGUCCAGUUUGCAGUGAAAAGAUUCAAGCGGCCGUGGAUAACUACUACGUUCAAUGCCAAGGACAAUGCCAACAGGGAACGGGACAACCAUGUCCUUAUCAACAGAAUAAUAAUCAAUUUCAACAGGGAACGGGAGAAACCUGUCCUUAUGAGCAGCAAUCGCAACAACAACCAGCUGGUGAAUGGCAGCAGUUGCAAGGAUCUCCACUUGGAAAUCAGCAGCAGCCACUAGGCGAUCAGCCCUUCAACAUCAUUGUCCUUCAGGAUUGCAACAAUAGUUCGCUGAUCGAUCAGUUGACCACUGCCAUAAAUCGCGGAGGAGGUCAAGUGCAUGUGCCACAACAGUACUCCGACUAUAACUAUCAGAAUCCGAAUCAGCAGUACAAUCCAUUAAGUGGUUAUAUAGACUACGAAUAUGUGGAUUACCAACAGAGGUUCGAUCAGGAAAGAAUGGAUAGAAAUGGCUACAGAAACGGCAUGAGUCCUUGGUCAACCUCCUCUAGAGAUGCUUAUGAAGACGAACACAUGUCGUGCAACAGCUACGAUUGUCCUGCCAGAAUGCCCGAAAACUAUCAGAGGCAAGGACCCUUCAAUGAACCCCGCAGCGAUAAUUCGAAUCAAAGUUAUGCGAAUAGUUGCACCUGCAACUGCGACUUCUGCCGCAAAGGAUUCGAAACGAAGGAGAAGCUGGCCAUGCUGAUAGCCCAAGCCCUCGAAAUCUUCAUUGGCAACAAUAAGGCCAAAGCCAAAGGGUCGGAGAUGAAACCUAAGAAGGAGAAGGAGAAGGAGAAGGGUAAGGCUAAUCCUGGCAAAAAAAGAAAGCCUAAUAAGUCCAAAUCUCCGCGCUUGAAGGAGGAAAAAUCCGCUAAGAGUUCCCCCGUGAUAAACUCGCCGGCUUUAAAGGCGUCUCCCAAAUCGGAUACCAAAAUGAUUUCCAAGGCGGAUUCCAAGGUGAUUCCCAAGGCGGAAUCCAAGAUUAAUUUCACUGAAAAUGAUAGCUCAAAUGUCAAGAAAGAAGUGAUGCAUCCAUUCUCCAGGGAACCCUCGCAAUUCCAUGCCUCCACCAUCGAUUCACAAAGCGUGGAAUCCCGACCGAAGUACAAACCGAAUUCGGAUGACGAGAAGUCGGGAUUCUUUUUGCCCAACUGCGAGCAGCAUCGCUGCAAACACAACUGCAAAGGUAAGUGUUCCCGACCUCCGCACAAUUGCAAAAAGGGUUGCAAGGACUACUGUCGAGGACCCUGCUCCAAAUCAGGAGCUGGUGAUGGCCGAAGUCGCAGCAAGGGAAGCAAAAAUCAAAUCCAUAAUCAGCGGCACACUCGCUGCUGUGGAUUGUGCAACCAAGGUGAAGGUCGAAAGUGGCAGGAAGUCAGCAGAGAAAGUGGACUGGCCGCCAAUGGCCAGAGGGGCGGCGAAGGAAUUGCCACGGGUGCCGCAGGCUGCCCCAGUUGCCGCAACGAUCGCAGUGCCGGAGGUGGCAGGACCUCCCUUCUGGGACUCAGUCCAAUCGCCCACUAUCGACCGGGAAUGCUGCAAUUUCCCGUGAACUAUCUCCUGGCGGGAACCAAUUUCCGCAGGAGUCUGGUUCGCACUGCCGCCGGGGUGACUCUCCAUCAGAAACCCUAUGUGGACAUGGCCAGCACCAAGGAUCUGCCCCACUUCCCCUGCCGCAAGAAGAGCAGCAGUCCAGACUGUCGAACCCCACGUAAAAAAUGGCUUUGAACUUCAGUUGAGAAACGAUACAAAUAACCGGAAAGAUAAUGGCUCUGAGCUCCAGAUCGCGACUCCGAAGGUUAUGCAUUGUAGAGCAUCGAAUUUAUCGCUUCGAUCGAUAUAGUGCAUAAGUUCGUCCAGUCGCAAAGUGGUUUAUAGUUUUUGUUAUUCAAAUCCAGAAGUAUUUCCCACUGUUUAUUCAGUAAUUCCUUUGUAUGCAAUAAACCAGAUAAUAAGAAACACCAAAAUAAA